AUGGCCGAUACAUCGACUGGACAUUCAGAAUCUGGAACUGGUGGCUCAAUCGACGAGCUCAGACAACAGCGAUAUACCCGUUGGAAGAAAAACUCUAAACUCCUUUAUGAAUACCUUAACACCAACAGCACGAAAUGGCCGUCUUUGACUUGUCAAAUCUUCCCAGACUUGGAUACUAUUGGCGAUAGUCAUCGAAUUCUUCUAUCAUCCUUCACAUCUUCCCAGAUACCCGAGGAUGAAUCCCUCUAUGUUGCUAAGCUGUCUUCAAUGAGGCAUCUCAGCUGGAGCUCGUUGAAUAACUUUGACAUGGACGAAAUGGAAUUCAAAAUUGACAACUCGUUAAAACUUCCACCAAAAAACCUUGCAGAGAAUCUGCGUAUCAAAUUUCCCGCCGGUGAUUGCAACCGUGCGCGUUAUUGUCCGUCGAAUCCAGAUAUCAUAGGAGCUGCGUCGUCCAGUGGAUCGGUGUAUGUCUUCGACAAAACUAAACACGGAUCCACACGUCAAAAACUGAUAUCUGGCGCCUUUACCAGCGAUUCCGAUUAUCAGAUACAUUGCCAGUUAGCAACGUCCGUGGAUUUGUCCCUUAACGAAGCAACAAACCUUGCUUGGAAUUGGCAACGCCAAGGGUUACUGGCGACUACUCAUGGCCACGGUCAGCUAUGCGUUUGGAACCUCGAGAAAUAUAACAAAUCCUCUCCGAUAUUGACUGAUACACAUUUCCAAGCUCAAGUUGAUGCAGAAGGCACCAAUGAUUGCUCUUGGAUGGUCAAUCACGACUCUAUCCUAGCGACUUGUGGUGAGGGAAACGUCCUGCAAGUUCUGGACAUCAGGACUGACCGACCUUCUCAGCUACACCCCGGUGACAACAAGAAGUUUCAUACCGGUGGUAUCAAUGCUUGUCAGUUUAAUCUCUACAAUGACCUCAUGCUGUGUUCUGCGGACUCCGCAGGGACGAUCAAUCUCUGGGACGUACGUGAUUCCACACAGCCUCUAAAGUCCUGGACUCAUGGCGACGGCUCCGUUUCUACCCUACAAUGGAGUCCCCAUAACCCUACCAUUGUGGCUACUGCAGGACAGGAUGAUGGGCUGGUAAGGCUAUGGGACUGUUCUCAGUCGGCCGAAAGAGACCAAAACUUGGUAUUCACCCACGGAGGACACAUGCUUGGAGUUAACGACAUUAGCUGGGAUCCAAACGAGCCAUGGAUGCUGUGUAGUGUGGCUAACGACAACUCCGUUCAACUAUGGAGUCCGUCGAAAAACCUGGUAGAUGUAGGCGGCUAA